UGACAGCCACCCGAAAAGGCAAGCGAAAGGCCGACACUCAGUCGUGAUACUCGGGGCAUUGCCGAUGACCAAUCAAUCUGGAGUACAUGGCACCCAAUUCUCAAUCGGGGUCUAGACCUUCACUAAGGCUUCCCUUUUCCUAUAUCCUGAGGAGCUGGCUUUUCUCACUCAUACUACCCUUAGCCGACAGAACCACAGGCAUCUUGUUAAUCCUUCAGGGGAAAUGUGCUCUAAUUAUCGACGAUAUACGCUUGGGGUCGCAGGUUCAUUAUCACGCGUUGGGAGGAAGGACAGGACCGUCCGACUCAAGAUACCCAGCAUUUGCAUGGACAGGGGGGACCACGGGGGGUUUGAAUUUUAUCUCACUUUUGGCACGCGGCGGGAACAAUCCCAUGCCGCUGUGGUGUCGGCGUACGGAGUAUCAAGGGGACAGUGGAAGGGGAACUUGCAUGGCAGGGCAUGUCUCCUGAGGGGGACCACACGUCAGGCAAGGAGGCGCUUCCGCAUAGACUUAGAGUGUUGCAGGCAGCUCACUGGAGCUUUCAUGAUCGAUUUUGCUAUCACAAACAUUUCCCCCCUUUGUCGCAUUGUGAGUCCUUUUCUUUGGUGGGAUGCAAAAUGUGAAUCGCUUUUUGGGUCUCUUUAUCUAUCUACAGCGGUGAAUUGUUCACUCUCCUCCACAGCACACUCAUACACGAGAUUUGCCACUCGUUCCCAACGCCGCCGAAGUUUGCGUAACAUCUAUCCUAACUAAAUACGCACAACAUAGGUACUCGGUAAUAUCC